AUGGAUAUGCCAGUGAACGUCCCUGUCGAUGAUCCCAACGCAGAUACAGAAUGGAACGACAUUCUUCGCAAGCAUGGCAUCAUUCCCGAAAAACAACCCGAUCCAGAACCCAUUAUCCAGGAAGCUUUACUCGAAGCCGUCAAGAAGGCCCACGAGAACCGGCUGGAGGAUAAAGACUUGGAUGAACUCCAUGACUUGGAAGACGACGAAGAUGAAGCCUUUCUCGAGAGUUACCGCCAGAAACGCCUCGCCGAAAUUGCAAGCCUGCAGAAGAAGGCCCUUUACGGCCAAGUCUUUCCGCUCCAGAAGCCAGACUACGCUCGCGAUGUUACAGAAGAGUCGUCCAAGGCAUUUGUCUUGGUCAAUAUGACGUCUUCCCUGGGCACCAAUGUCGAGUCUCGGGUCCUGUCUGAGAUCUGGAGACAGGCGGCGAGAAAAUUUGGAGAUGUAAAGUUCUGCGAGAUCCGCGCUGAUCUUUGCAUUGAAGGCUAUCCCGAGAAGAACACGCCUACCAUUCUGGUCUACAAGGACGGCGACAUCAAGCGCCAAAUUGUCACCCUGACACAGCUUAAUGGUGUGAGGACGAAGCUGGGAGAUCUUGAGCGACUUUUGGUUGAAGUUGGUGCGGUCAGGGAGAACGACAUGCGACUCAGACGAAAGGAUGAUGACGACGAAGAUGAGAAAAACAACAAUCAAGACGACGAUGAUGAUUGGGACUGA